AUCUCAGAGACUCUGUGCUCUUUAACUUUGGAGGCAGAAGCUGGAGAUAACGUCACUAUUUGGUGCCAAUAUGGUGCUGAAGCAGAAGAUGAGGUGAAUCUGAGACUACAAAAGUUCAAACCAGACACUGACCUCCAGAAUUUAUUAACCCUGAUCUAAUUUUUAACAGUUAGAGGUUUUAAUGAUUUUAUGUAUUGUUACAACAUCAAGAAGAUGAAUGUAAAUUACAGUAAAGGGACAUUUACUGAGUGUGAGGUUAUUAAUCAUAAAAAUCCAAUUGUGAUAUGAAUGUUAUAACUGCCUGUAACCUGUUGUAUGUGUUAAAGUUUUUCAGUGUCUUUAGAUCUUUAUUAUUAUUAUAUCCAAUCCUAUUUUCCUUGCUGCCAGUAAAUAAGCAAGUAUUCAGAAGGAAAUAACAAUUAUCAUGAAAUAAAUAACAGUGAUGGAAAUACAAAAGUAAUAUAAAAUAUACAAAUUUAGAAUAAAAGUCUAAUAAGGAAUAAAAUAUCAAAGUAAUCUACCAAGAGAAGUAAGGCAAAUAAUAAAAGCUAAAAAUGUUUUGGGUUUUUUUUUUUGUAAUAAUGUUGACAUUAUGUAUAAACUUAUUAUUGAGGUGAGCAAUCAAACAGGCUAAUAACUUUAAGAGGUUUAUAAUAAAUAUAGAAUUUAUAUAUAAAAUGUUGAUCUAUGAUUUCCAUAACUGUAUUAAUUAAUGAAGUGACAAAUAAUCUCUUCUAUACAGUUCUCUGAGAAGAUACUGAAAAGGAGACAUGAAGUGGAGUAUUCAUAUGUUCAGGGAUAUGUGUGCACAUCAUAUCACACAUUUAUUGUUUAUUAACCUGUAAUGUUUCUGAUGUUCUGUAGUUGGAAUUAUAACAUCUAUAACAUCACAUUUACAGAAUAUAGUAUUAUUGUAUAAUUGCUGCAGGAUUCUGCACAUUUCAUUUUAUUAUCUGGUCUCAGUUUGAUAUCCAGAAGCAAACAGAUUAAUUUCUUUAUUUUGUCCCUGGAUCUAUGAAAUUAACAGAUUUAUAGAGUAACUGGUAUGUGUGUGUGUGUGUGUGUGUGUGUGUGUGUGUGUGUGUGUGUGUAAUGAAGUCUAGUAACUUUAGCCUACUUAAUGCCGGAAAGCAAGUGUGUAUGCACGUAUGUGUGUGUAAAGAUGAGCCAUAUCUCUAACCACGAGUCUUUGCUGAAACACAUGCAGCAACUGUCCAUUUAAAGGUUUGAACAUUUUCCAACCACAGAACUGACACUAACAAAAAUACGUUCACCCACCGUUCCAUCCGCUUCUGACCACCGACUGUUUUCGUACAAUUUUGUGCUCGGUUUUCACUUUGUAAAAAAGAAGAGUGAAUAAUUACUGUAGGAUCACGAUCCCUAAACAAUUCACUCUGUAAUAAAAGAUUAAGACAAAAAUAUUUAUUGCAGAACUGGUAUAGCACUUCAUUUUAAUUUGUGUUUACUUAACUCUUUUAUUUAUUUAAAAAAUAUAUAUUUAUUUUUUUUUACAUUUUACUACAACUCAUUUAGAUUUAAUGACGGUCUGAUACACAUCAGGUGAUUAACUCGAUAAAGUAGAGGAAAGAGUUUCUCCACUAUGAGGGCUUUAUGUUGAAAAACCUAGAACUGAAGUAAGGUGUACUUUCUUGACCAGAACUAUAUCACAUUCUCCAGAGCUCCAGAAAUCUCUGCUACUGACUGAUCACAAGAACGAACUAUUUGUGGAUGUUCCACAACAUUAAAUGUAACUGUAAACUGAUCGAGUACAAUGUGCUGUUCUCUUGGUUUAAGACCCUAUAAGAGUGCAAUACUGCUGAUUAGUCUGUGCUUUUAUAUAUAUUAUAAAACUUUAGUUUAAUGAAUCAGAUAUAUUCUGUAAGGAAUAAUGUUUAAGUCAUGGUGCUAGUGAGAACAAUACAUAUUUUUAUUUAUCAGUGUUGUAGGCUGUAUAAAUAGCCACACCCCUCAUACACACACAGAUAAACCUGCAUUUCCCCUCUGUCUCUCAUCUGAUACACAAUGGUUCAGUGUGAAACUCUGUCUGUGUUUCUCUGUGUCAUGGGUUUUAUCUCAGAGACUCUGUGCUCUUUAACUUUGGAGGCAGAAGCUGGAGAUAACGUCACUAUUUGGUGCCAACAUGGUCUGAAUAAUGCAGAUAGCAUCUUCUGGUUUAAACACACAUGUGAUUCAGUUCCACUUCUUCUUGGUUGUAAAAAGGUUUAUACAUCAUCUUUAUCAGAAAACUGUUACUUCUUUACUGAAAGUGAGAGAAUAGUGAUGUCUGUUCAUGGCAAGAGCACGUCUCUCACAAUCACUGCAGUAACCGCCUCUGAUACAGGACUGUAUUACUGCAGCUUCAGUGAUAAAAUGAUCUUUAGCAACUCAACCUCUUUACAAGUGAAAGGUGUAAACACAAAAUUUUCUGAGAACCCGGACAGAGCAAAAGAUUCAGACUCUUCUGCUGUGUUCUUCAUGCUGAAUGCGGUGUUUGGUGCCGUGAUUGUUAUUCUUCUCUGUGUCCUGAUCUUCAUCAUACUGAAACACAGAAAAACUGAUAGAGGUGUUGAGGCGGAAGAUAAUGAGUUCUCUGAGAAGAUACUGAAGAGGAGACGUGAUGAAGUGGAGUAUUCAUGUGUUGUAUAUUCUUCUGUCAGUCAGUAACGCAGCAGUGUCAGGGUCAUGUGUGUACACAAGGUCAUGUCUGUUUACUAACCAGUAACAUGUUUCUGAUGGUCAGUUGUUAGAGGAAUUCUAACAUUUAUCACAGUUAUAAAGUAUAUUAAAUAACUCCAACAGC